AGAAUGAUUAAUUUACAUAAACAAAAGAGUAUAAAAGACAUUUGUAAAAGCAAAGUCGAUGUAAACCAUUGUUCUACUACCAGAAACAGAAAUGGAGUGUUCGAAAAUUAUUAUUGUUUUACUGCCGUCAUACUGGAAGUAUCCAGCUGUGUUUUCGCAAAAGCGCCUAACGCUGGCAGUGUAUUUAGCUCAGGAAAUUAUUUAAAGACAGAGGAACUUGAAAGUGGAGGUUGGCAAAUGGUGUUCCGAGCUACGUCUAGAAACGGCGACAGUGUGUAUGACGCAUGGACGAAAGGUACAAAAACUAAUGCAGACAAACCUGUCUCCAUGAAACGAUCGCAUGGAUUACAUUACCGCAACAGCAUUGUAUCCAGUUGGUCAAAUAUUGGUAUCGAAUUCGUCAAGUUUGCAUUUUACGAUGAAGAUAGAGAAGUCGCUCACGUGAUUUUCAAUGGCAAAAACAGUGAUAUCAACAACUGGUUUGACAAAACACGUGUCCUGUCAUCUAGCUGGCCCGAUCUGACUUCCAAACAUACCUACAAUUACUUUUCCAUCGCUGGCCAUUACACGCCGAAGCGCCACGAUCGCCGUUUUUUCAUCAACAGAUCAUAUGCCGGCUGCCCGAAAGAUCUUGGUCACAUGGUUGUUGUUAAUUCUGCUACCCCUGCUGUAUGCCAAUGGGAUAGUCAUGCAACUUAUCCACAGUUCCUGUAUUCGAAAAUCAACUCUGUUGAUUUUUUGGACAGACGAAUGUUUGGAACAGCCGAUUAUAUGGCGAUCUUUAUAAAAAGAAAAGUGUAAAUAUAUAGAAAGUCUUUAUGUAUUAUUUGGCAUGAAUUCGUACUGUUUCCAAUGAAGCUGUAACUUUUUUCCAAGCGCAACUACGUAAACUACUGGUAAUCCAUAAAAAUAUUGAUGCUCUGACUAAUUUGAACAAUAUUAAUACAUUUUAACAAUAAUAUUAAUGCUAAUACAUAUGAGCACUGAUGUAUCAAUGCAUCAAUACUAAUACAAUUGAAGCUAAUACAUUUGAACAAAAAUGUAUCAGUGCUGAUACAUUUGAACAAUGAUAUUAAUGCUGAUACAUAUGAAGAGCGGUAUUGAUGCUAAUAUAACUGAACAAUUAUAUUAAUGAUCAAACAUUUGUACAAUGCUAUUAAUGCUAAUAAAUUUGAACAAUGAUAUUAAUGCUAAUACAUUUGAACUAUUGUAUUAAUGCAUUUUGCAAAAGGAGUAUCUUAUUAGUUUGAGGUUUUCUGUAUUAUAUUAUGAAUAACUACUU